CCACAUCCAGCCGUCCCCAAAGCUCGCUGUUCGCUUCUCUGCCUGACAGCUGCCCUGCCGCCACCAGGCAGUCCCAGCUUCCCCAAACCAGUCUUCCGGCCUCUGUGGCGCCCCAGGCCCGCGGGAUUUAGGGAUUAGGAUCUGGAAGGGUUUGGUCCAAUCCCCUAUCCCUCUCAGCGUCCUGGGCUCACCUCCCCGGCAGCUUAGCGCUCCUCUUCCAAAACUGCUUGCUGUUCUCAGAGGCCAUUGCUCUGGCCGGGGGAAGUCCUUGUAGGCGGGCCAAGGGUUUGCCCGGCGAGAUGCCCCCAGACCCCGCAAUCUGAGGGCCAACCCAGGCCGCUUCCCCGCCGCCGGUCACCCGCUCCCAGCUCCUGGGGACGCCAUCUUGGAUGUGGGCACCCCUCCACCCAGCACCGCUGCCAUUGGUGAGCUGCGCAAGCCGUGGACGGGCCGACCAAUCGGGAGCCGGAAUCCUGCAGGCCGCUGAAGCCAACCGCAAAAGACUUACACAAGCAAAAAAGAAAAUACCUCAUAAGGUGACAUCCUUCAGCUGCCCAGUUUCAGGAGGUCUCAGCAUGAAACAGCAGCAGUGGUGUGGGAUGACUGCCAAAAUGGGCACCGUGUUGUCAGGGGUCUUCACCAUCAUGGCCGUAGACAUGUAUCUCAUCUUUGAACAGAAGCACCUAGGGAAUGGCAGUUGCACUGAGAUCACACCAAAGUACAGGGGUGCAAGUAACAUCAUAAAUAACUUCAUCAUCUGCUGGAGUUUUAAAAUCGUCCUCUUCCUGUCUUUCAUCACCAUCCUCAUCAGCUGCUUCCUCCUGUACUCAGUGUAUGCCCAGAUCUUCAGGGGCCUGGUCAUCUACAUUGUCUGGAUUUUUUUCUAUGAAACUGCAAACGUCGUAAUACAAAUCCUCACCAACAAUGACUUUGACAUUAAAGAGGUCAGAAUCAUGCGCUGGUUUGGCUUGGUGUCUCGUACAGUCAUGCACUGUUUCUGGAUGUUCUUUGUCAUCAACUAUGCCCACAUAACCUACAAAAACCGGAGCCAGGGCAAUAUAAUUUCCUACAAGAGACGAAUUUCUACAGCGGAGGUUCUCCACAGCAGAAAUAAAAGAUUAUCAAUUUUGAGUGGGUUCAGUGGCUCACACCUGGAAUCCCAGUACUUUGAGAGGCAGAGCUUCCACACUAGCAUAUUUACCUGUCUGUCUCCAGUGCCAAGCUCAGCCCCCAGCACCUGUAGAUACACAAUAGAUGUCUGCUGAGAGGUGCUCUGGUGAAACAAGUAUAAAAUGAAUGUCAGGAUGUUCUCCCUCAUGGUGGGCAUCUUCUCUGUCCUUAAUACCACCCAGUUCUUCAUCUUUGACCUGAACCAGAAGACACACAUUUGCUGUGAGGCCAAGUUCAGCAUCUACGUGGACUCAAAGUCGGAGCUAGUCACUUGGACCCUGUUCCACAGGGCUAAUAUCAGCACUGGCCUCUCCCUCACCACCAUCAUCAUCAGCUGCUUCCUCCUUUAUUGUAUCCACAAGAAUAUCUACAUGGGGCUGCUGAUCUAUGCCAUGUGGAUCAUCACUUACGAGCUCAUCAACUUCUCCAUAGUCCUGCUCCUCAACGGGAUCAUCAAAGAUCACUUCAAGACGCUGAGUUACUUGCACUGGAUCUUCCAAAUCUCACGCAUGCUCCUGCACUUUUUCUGUCUGCCCUUCAUCGUCAAGCAUGCAUACAACCUUUACAAGGAAUCCCAGACUGUGGGCAGGAAACACCGCCACAGGCUCUGCUCCGCCAUUGCAGUGAACUCAUGACUACCUGUCCGUCUGGGAAUGUUGUACUGGAAGUUAAACUGAACCAUGCCAGAUGCCAGGAAAGGUGGGAGGGAAUGGUGCUCCUCAACAAUGGAACCCUCCCUACCCUGCCUGUCUUCUGUUGAUGCUGCUUGGUUUGUCAGGGCUUUUGAGUUUUACGCACUGAGGAAUGAUUCUCGGGAGAGGGCAGGUUGUGCAGAUCAAUUAUUUUACAGAUGUGUUGUGUGACUUGUUUUAGCAGUUAAUGAUAUGUGGCCUUGUGCUUACUUAACCAUCUCA